CUACAUUGUGAAAGGCUACUUUUGUCCUUCAAAACUGAGAAGGAUUACUUGAAGAGUUUGGCAAUGAUUCAAUUUUAUAUGCUUAUUUUCCUCUUCGGUAGUGCAUUCGGUGGCACCUCAAUUGAUGUUCCAUGUCUAAAUGGACCGAAGUACAUUAAUGGUGGGAAAAAUAUUAGUCUGAAUUGUUUCUUUUCACCCGUUGAUCCGGCAGCGACUGCAUGGUUCAAACAGACUCCAGGAGAAAAGCCUCUUCUCAUUGCUUCUGCUUUUGACACUUUACAAGUUAAAUAUCAUAAUGAUUUUGACAAGACCGGACGCUUUAAUGUAGCAAGUGAAAAAAGCAGUUUUAAUCUGAGUAUUUCAAAUGCAGAACCAUCUGAUUCAGCUACAUAUUACUGUGUAUUUACAUAUUAUACAGAUGCUACAUUAUUAGACUGCACAGUUUUAGUCCUCAAAGGUUCAUCUUCAAGUCUCUCUGCUGUUCUCCAGCCUCCUGUAUCAGAUCCUGUUGAACUGGGAGGAGAUACAACUUUGCAGUGUUCAAUACUCACAGAUACGUCUGCAGGAGAACACAGUGUGUACUGGUUCAGACAUGGAUCAGGAGAAUCUCAUCCAGGAGUCAUUUACACUCAUGGAAACAGGAGUGAUGAGUGUAAGAAAAGCUCUGAGACUGAUUCUCCUACACAGAGCUGUGUCUAUAAACUCCCCAAGAGAGACCUCAGCCUCUCUGAUGCUGGAACUUACUACUGUGCUGUGCUCAUGUGUGGAGAGAUCAUCUUUGGGAACGGAACUAAACUGGACUUUGUAGAGAAACAUGCUUUGGACCCAACCAUUGUCGUGUUAGUGGUGUCAAACAUCAUCUCUCUGAGUGUGGCUUUAUUUAUGUGCAGAAAACACAGUAGUCAUCAUAAAGAUGCUGCUGAAGGUCACACAGUUCAUGCACAUCAGGCUGCAUGUGAUGAAGCUUCGUACUUUGCAGCCGAGAGUUUCAGCAAUGAACCACAGCAGAAGACUGAAGAUGUGAACUCAAAGGUCAUUUCUCCAUCUACAUCUCACUCGAUUAUCAGUAGCAUUUUUCUCUCCUUAGGUUCAUCUUCAAGUGUCUCUGCUGUUCUCCAGCCUCCUGUAUCAGAUCCUGUUGAACUGGGAGGAGAUACAACUUUGCAGUGUUCAAUACUCACAGAUACGUCUGCAGGAGAACACAGUGUGUACUGGUUCAGACAUGGAUCAGGAGAAUCUCAUCCAGGAAUCAUUUACACUCAUGGAAACAGGAGUGAUGAGUGUGAGAAAAGCUCUGAGACUGAUUCUCCUACACAGAGCUGUGUCUACAAACUCCCCAAGAGAAACCUCAGCCUCUCUGAUGCUGGAACUUACUACUGCGCUGUGCUCAUGUGUGGAGAGAUCAUCUUUGGGAACGGAACUAAACUGGACUUUGUAGAAAAAGGUGCUUUGGACCCAACCACUGUCGUGUUAGUGGUCUCAAACAUCAUCUCUCUGAGUGUGGCUUUAUUUGUGUGCAGAAAACACAGCAGUCAUCAUAAAUAUGCUGCUGAACAUCACACAGUUCAUGCAGAUCAGGCUGCAUGUGAUGAAGCUUCGUACUUUGCAGCAGAGAGUUUCAGCAAUGAACCACAGCAGAAGACUGAAGAUGUGAACUCGAAGGUCAUUUAUUACCAACAAAACUGAACUUUAUGAAGCUCAUAAGACUCUCUCCCCUUUUUACGCUAAAGUGAUGAUUGCAGACU